GUCAGACAAUAGUUAACGAAAUGAUUACCAUUGCGAGCUGUAUACUUGUGAUGCCUCUAACCAUGAUUUUUGUGGCAGUGACGAUAGACGCCCACGUUCAAGUCCAGGCAAAUGACGAUCAUGUGUACUCCAACGUUAAACCGGAGUUCAUUCGAUAUGCGGUAGAAAGCAUUCCUUGGGAUAAUGACACCUGGCCCAUAGUCCGUAUUAAUGCGCGACCCGUGUUUGGAGACGAAUUUUUACCACUGCGCAGCGCCGUAGAGAGUGUUCCUACAGUAAAAGAAAGAAACGUGGCUAAGCUAAGGGACUCUCCUAGUACGCGAUCUUUUGUGCGCGAUUCCGUAGAGUCAGUGCCAAUAGGCGAACAGAAACUCUCCAGCUUUGGGAGCUUUAUUAAGAAUUUCGACCUAGGUGCGAAGAUUAACAGUGGCAAGCUAACCCAUGGGUUACAUCCUGAUCCUUGGCCAGUUUCCGACAAAUACACAGCUUUCAUUACUCAAGAAAACUCAGACGACUUUUAUUCGCAGCCAUACCGUGCCGGUUCACCUCAUCAGAAAUUGCUUAAAACCGUAAAUAUCGAACCGAUGGAUCAAAAUGAUACAGAGCAUCAGUCGAACGGCACAUUAGAGCAAGUUGGUUUGCUUAAUCAGCAGUGGUAUGGAACUCUAGCGCCAUUAAAAAGGAAGUACUUUAAAAAGGCAUCCAAAGUUCUUUGUUACAUGUCAAACUGGGGAUUUUACCGAAAGGAAGGUGGUCAUUUUAUGCCGGAGCAGAUAGACUCUAAGCUCUGCUCUGUUAUUAUUUAUUCGUUCGCUUCCCUGGAUCCCGACCUCCUUACCAUUCGAGAGUUUGAUCCCUGGGUUGACUUAGAUAACCAAUACUACCGUCGGGUGACAUCGCUGGGAGUGCCCGUAUUAAUUGCUUUGGGUGGCUGGACAGACUCUACUGGCUCCAAGUACUCACGCUUGGCCAGCGACAACAUCAAGCGGCAGGUUUUCGCAUCCAGUGCGGCCAACUUCCUACAACGUCACGGAUUUAGCGGCCUGCACUUGGACUGGAACUACCCGAAGUGCUGGCAGAGCGACUGCUCUAAGGGACCUGUAAGCGACAGGCCCAACUUGACUAAGCUUCUCCGAGAGCUGCGUACAGAGUUUCAGCGUGUUAACCCGAAGUUUCAAGUGGGAGUGGCAAUCUCCGGCUAUAAGGAGGUUAUAACGGAGGCCUACGAACUUUCAGCUUUGUCAGACAUAGUGGACUACAUGACAGUAAUGACGUACGACUACCAUGGUGCCUGGGAGCGGCAAACAGGUCAUGUGAGUCCGCUUUACGGCUCAUCAUCGGACAAGUAUCCCCAGUACAAUACUGACUAUACCAUGCAACUAUUGUUAAAAAUGGGCGCAAAAAGGGAUAAACUAGUUUUGAGCAUUCCAUUUUAUGGCCAAAGUUUCACAUUAGAAAGGAAUCACCUCCAGCUGGUUGCAACAGGCAUUUCGGCCAUUGGACCUGGGAAACCCGGAGAAUUUACAAACCAGCCGGGAAUGCUAGCUUACUACGAGAUAUGCAAACGCAUAACGAAGUCUAAGUGGUGGAGUGAUCGGGAUGCAGGCCUGAGUUCCGGUCCGUAUGCCAUGCUGAACGACCAGUGGGUGGGAUAUGAGGAUCCGACAAGUGUCCAAGCCAAAGCUCAAUAUGCGGCCAAUAACAACUUUUCAGGGGUGGCAGCUUGGACUGUUGAUCUUGACGAUUUUCAAAAUGACUGUUGCAGCGAGUCUUACCCCCUUCUUCGGGCUAUUAACCGGGAAUUGGGACGCUUAGAUUUAAAACCGCCUACUCAAACGAACUGUGAGCGUCCGACGUCAGUGGGGCCCAUGGCCCCUCAAAUGACAACGAUCAAUAGCGAUGGCUCUGCGGGAUCGGGACAGAAUCACGAUCAUACUACUUCGUGGCCAAUUUGGGAGGCCAGCACUAGCCCCACCUUUAGCACUACGAGAAAGCUAAAACCUGCAAGUACGACUAAAAAAGCAAAGGUAACAACCACUGCCAGCAGCUCUGUCUCCUGGUGGAUUUCGACAACAGGACGUCCAAACAAGCCGACGAGGACAACGUCCAGAUCGACUAACACUACGAUCCCCGUGCCUGUAGUGAUGUACCCGGUGGUGCAGGCCUCGAACUGUAAGAGCGGCGAGUUUUACGCUGAUUUAAUGAAUUGCAACGCUUAUUAUCUCUGUAUUAUUGAUGGGGAGUUGCUGCAGCAAUUCUGUCCCGGCGGUCUUCAAUGGAACAACGAAGCCAAAGGAUGCGACUGGCCGUCCUAUGCUCAGUGCUCAGUAAAGCGGGACCAGAAGAGCAGCACUAUCCGCCCUAAGCCUGCUCCUACGUCUGAGUCGCCAAGGAACACAACAUAUUUACAACCUAGUAGGAAAACUACAGAGCCUUCCGUACAUCAGCACGUCAGUAGCCCCAAUUGCAACGAGGGAGAAUACUACACGCACAGAAAUUGCGCAAAAUAUUACAUCUGCGUUAAUGGAGCCUUAGUACCAAGUGAAUGUGGCGGAGAAUUGCACUGGGACGCAAUUAGUAAAAUCUGCGACUGGCCAGAGAAAGUACAGUGUGUUACAAGUAUAAAAUAUUUGAAAGCCAUUCAUGCGAGUCGCGCCACCGAGGAGGAUCCGUGUAACGGCGAAGAGCGAGUACCUUAUCCUUCUAAUUGUUCCAAAUAUCUGUUCUGCUUAUGGAACCGCCUUCAGGCCGGUGACUGUCCACCGGGAUUGCACUAUAGUGAGGCAAUCACAAAAUGCGACUGGCCAGCAGCAGCGAAAUGCAUUCAGGACUCUGGUAAUGGCACCGAAGGAGCAGUAUCGAGUGGUAGUACAAAGCCUCCGGCGCUAGAUAAUCCAGCACCCACUUCCCAAAAGCCUAACACUAUUCCCAGUCCAACCUACACCACUGGAAACCCAGAACUCACUCCCCUUGACGGCUACUAUAAAAUCGUCUGCUACUUCACCAACUGGGCCUGGUACCGCAAGGGCCUAGGUCGCUAUACUCCUGACGACAUUAACACGAAACUGUGCACUCACGUAGUUUAUGGGUUCGCGGUGCUGGACUACUCCGAACUUAUUCUGCGCACGCACGAUUCCUGGGCUGACAUUGAAAACAACUUCUACACGAGGGUCAGCAGUCUCAAAAACAAAGGCAUUAAGGUGAGCUUGGCGCUCGGUGGCUGGAACGAUUCGCAAGGCGACAAGUACAGUCGCCUUGUAAGAAGUCCGUCCUCACGGGCUCGCUUCAUUCGCCAUGCCGUCGAGUUCAUUAAAAAAUAUGGCUUUGAGGGUCUUGACCUAGACUGGGAGUACCCAGUUUGCUGGCAAACGGAGUGCGAUAAGGGGUUUAAAGAGGAAAAAGAGGGGUUUACCGCUUGGGUUCGGGAGCUCUCUGCUGCGUUUAAGCCUCAAGGACUUUUGUUGUCUACCGCAGUCUCACCUAGCAAAAAAAUCAUUGACGCAGGGUAUGACGUUCCCCAGCUAUCUCACUUAUUCGAUUGGAUCGCUGUGAUGACAUACGAUUUCCACGGACAAUGGGACAAAAAAACUGGACAUGUGGCACCUUUGUACCAUCAUCCCGGUAAUAAAUUUGAAUAUUUCAACGCAAACUUUUCUCUGAGCUAUUGGAUCGAAAAGGGAGCCCCAUCUCGCAAAAUCGUAAUGGGAAUACCGCUUUACGGCCAAUCCUUCACACUAGAAAGUGCAAACAAUAGUUGCUUAAAUGCCAAGGCCUCCGGGCCAGGCCAAGCUGGUGAAUUCACAAGAGCCUCUGGAUUCCUUGCUUACUAUGAGAUUUGUGAACGGGUCAAUCACCAGGGCUGGAAAGUUGUUCACGAUGAACUUGGCCGCAUGGGUCCGUAUGCCCACAAAGGAACGCAGUGGGUGUCUUACGAUGACGCCGCAAUAAUCCGAAAAAAGGCACAAUUGAUGAGGUCAUUGGACCUGGGUGGAGGUAUGGUAUGGGCACUCGACCUUGACGACUUUCGCAACAGAUGCGGGAAUGGCGUGCAUCCCUUGCUUCAUGAGAUCCACGAUGUGCUUAAGGAUUCGCCGAGUUUAUUUGAACCAACGAUCAAUAAUACGCGAACUGCCGGUGGCAAACUGAGGUGGACUAAGCAGAUGGAGGUCCUGCUCAUCGAGGAGUUGCGCGGAGCCAGAAAAAAUGUCCAUAUAUACAUGGAGAUGGCCCAGACCCUAAUGGAAGCUGGGUUUGAUGUGUCCUACAAGGACGUCCGAACGAAAAUAGAGAACCUGACCAAAAAGUACAGGCAGGAAAAAAAUAAAAUGGGGCCAAGCGGUGGCGCUCCUUCCUCGUGGCAGCAUUAUGAGUUGGUCCACUCGUUUUUAGGCGCAUACCGCAUCCACAACAUGGAGCAGAACACCUUGGAGAACGAGAAUACUAGGGAAUACUUUGUGGAGCUCUUGGAUGUCGACCCAGAUGACAGGGAAGCCUCUACCUGCAGCGGCAGUCAACGCUCAAGCAGCACUGCGCCCCCUGCUAAGCGCGCAAAGGUGGACCAUAAGUCGGAGCUUUUAGAGAUUGCUCGAGAAAGACUGGUGGAGCAGAGGGCGCAGACAGAAAUAUUGUCGAGAAUGGCAGACAGCCAGGCAAAAUUCCAAUCUGAUUUGUUAGAGCUUUUAAGAAAAUCAACUAAUUCCUAAUAAAUUUAUAAUUUAUAAUAAAUAGACCAAAAUGAAA